GGUUGCUGCACACAGCUUUGCGGAAGUCGUCUUCAGCCAUGCGCAGAAUUAUGGCUCAAAACAUUAUGCUUUGCCUGUGAUUUUAAGUAAAUAGUAUCGAAAUAGCGCAUCAGGGAGGUGCAGACAGGUUUGGGACGUCACAGCAAUGAAACUGAAAGAGUUAGAAAGCUGCUUACAGCAAGUGGACACGUUUGAAGAGCCCAAAAUCCUCCUGGAGCAGUAUCCUACCAGCCCUCACAUAGCAGCAUGUAUGCUUUACACCAUCCAGAGCACGUUUGAUGACAUCGAGGGGAAACUGGUGGCAGAUCUGGGAUGUGGUUGUGGAGUGCUGAGCAUCGGGGCUGCCAUGCUGGACGCAGGUUUGUGCGUCGGCUUCGACAUCGACGAUGACGCUCUGGACAUAUUCAGAAGAAACGCAGAUGAAUUUGAGAUUUCUAACAUCGACCUGGUCCAGUGUGACCUGUGCUGUCUGGAGGCAGAGGCUUAUGCCAACAAGUUUGACACUGUGAUUAUGAAUCCACCAUUUGGGACAAAACACAACCAAGGUAUGGACAUGAAGUUCCUCCGAGCUGCCUUAACAAUGGCACAGACAGCCGUGUACUCGCUUCAUAAAACAUCAACACGAGAGCACAUACAGAAGAAGGCUAAUGACUGGGGAGUAAAGAUGGAAGUCAUAGCAGAACUACGAUACGACUUGCCAGCGUCUUACAAGUUCCACAAAAAGAAAUCGGUUGACAUCCAGGUGGACUUCUUACGAUUCUCCACAACCUGAAGCUUUCACUGGAAUGGACUUAAGUUGCCUCUGUUUUUAUCACCGUUUGUAAUAAAUGUUUUUGUUAAACAGAAA